CUUCCACUAAGUACCUACUUGGCAAAUAUUCUAAAAAAACGUUGCAAUUUAAAAAAUCAGAUUAAAAUGAAUUCCUUAAUCAAAUUGAGCAGCUUUAUCUUAGCUGGAGUCCUCGCCUCGUUAUUAGUUUUCAUGCCUUGCACGGACGCCGCCCCCAGGAAUAGAGAAUCCAUGCAGUCAAUGUUUCUGGGAGGUCGCGAGAAUCUGAUGAUGCCAAACCUCCCCAAAGACGAGGGGUACAUGCCCCUCUUCAUGAACAAAAUGUACAACGAGAUCACUAAUCAGUUCAAACAGCCUCAGAUGCCAGGAAUGGACCCUUUGGGAGAACUCUCGAAAUUCUCCAUGAUGCCACAAACCAGGGAUGACUAGGAAAUGCUUAGGGGACGAUUUCUAAUAUGAUUUGUAAUAAAAUAAAAAUAAAUUACACA